CGUUGCUCGUUUCCGCGUUUUCGGCGAGAAUUCGUCGACACAAUGCUCGGCGAACUGCAGCAAGGCGUCGCCGUCAUCGGAGGCUCGUUCGGCAUCAGGCCCGUGGAUGUCGACGAGUACGCGUCCGAGAACACCAAGAGGUUCACGGUGGACUCGCUGUUGCAGAUCAGACGCCCGGCCGCCGCAGUCAACAAGCGUCCCGACAUUUCUUUCGACGGAGGUGACGAUAUUAAAAUAUUUUUUCAUUGUAUUAGUAGGGCCAGGAUUUUAAUAUAAUACGCAUAUUAUAUUAGCAUUGAUUAAAUAUAGGUACCAUAUUUUUAUUAAUUUAUUCUACGUUAUUUUAGAGUACUUUUAGGACAAUAUAUUUUUCGUUGUUUUUUUUUUCCAUUAUACAAUAAUAAUAUUAAAUUAAUUUUUUAGGCAUUCUAUUCACAUAAGUAUGACUUUUUAAUGUGAUAUUAGGCGCUACAACAUAUUAGAUAGGUAUCUUAAAACAUUUUGAUAUAUAGGGAUGGGUGAACCUAAUUACAAAAUUGUUCAAUAGCUGCAAUUCGAUUUAGUUUUGACUUAUAUUAUAGUGUAAUACGUGAAAUAAAACAAAAUACAUAAUCUAUGAUAUCAUUAAUAUCAGUUAACAGCAUAAAUGAUGGUCCAGGCUGUUUUUUUAGUAAAUAUCAUUAGAAAUAACAUUAGAAAAGCCCAAACUUCUCACGUUCUUGCUCAGUUUUGUCCUAAAAUUCGUCACUAUGUAAAAGAUGGAUCGUGUACAGAUAUAUAGACACGGACAAGGACAAAGUAAUAAAAUAGUUAACGUCACUUAAUAAAAACGAAAUUGAAUUCAAUUUUAGUUUAUUUUCACCCAAUUCACGUAUCUAUAAAAUAACAAAAUACUGUUAUUCAUUAAUAUAUUACACUAAUAAAUUUUCACUUUAAUUGUUUAUAUAAAUUAUUUACCUAUACUGCAGUGUAUACAUGUUUACACUAUUAUUAAUUGGCACCGGUUUUUAGAUUUCAGCACGGGGGCAAACAAACAACUUAAACAACUGUACAUGGUAUUUUUUUGUACACAAAUGCAAAAUACUAUUUUUACGUUUUACCUCCGUUACAAGAGAAGUCUGCGUGAUUCUAUGCAGUGUUAUUUAUAGUGUCUAUAUAAUUCUAUAAUUUUCUAUAUGUUCCAUUAAUGGAUACACCGUAGUAAGAAAAAUUGUUGCAUACUAGGUAAUAGGUAUCAAUUUAUUAAGUACCAAUUAGGUUAAUUAUAGGUAGGUUAAUUAUAAUAAGUACCUACUUAACUGUGUGUCCAUUUGGACACAGAAAACAUCUUUCAAAAAACGUCCUGUAUUAUGAUAUUGCAAUAUUUUGUAAGAGUAUUUUAAUAAUUGUUUAAGUACACAGUAGAUCACCUUUUAUUUAAUUAAAGUAUACCUAGCAUAUUAUAUUAAUAAAACAAGUAUUUUAUUUUAUUUUAUAAAUAGGAAGCUUCAACCUCCACACCCAUGUUUCUUGUUAAGUGUAUAACCAUGCGGUGUAAUAUUUUCGAGUCAUAUACAAUGGAAUAACUCGAAUCGGUUGGGGGCGAAAAAAAAUUCGAGUUAUCGAAAAUUCGACUUAUGGAAAACCUCGAUAACUCGAAUCUGCAUAAAAAAAAUUCGAGUUAUUGGAAUUAUUUUUAAAAUACAACUAAAAUUACUUCGACUUAUCGAGAAAUUCGAGUUAGCGAAAUUCGAAUUAUCGAAAAAAUUUAUCACACAUAUCAUAUAUUGGAAGCCAGGGGCCAAGGUAUUCCUUCGAGUUAUCGAAAAUUCGACUUAUAGAGGUUCGAGUUAUCGAGGUUCCACUGUAUCUAAUUUUAUGGUGCAAAACCAUUUAUUGAAAAACACAUACUACAAUUUAUACUUACAAAUUACAUUUCUAUUGGACAUAUUUUAGACUAUGCGUUAAAAAAAAAUAAAAAUAAAAUGUAAACCACAAAUUAGUAAAACGUGUUUUACACAGUUAUAUUUAGGAAAAAUUGUCGGUAUUCAUGUAAAUUCCUUAUGUAGUUUUUGAACUUCCAACAAUACGAAAACAAAAAACAUAUGCAGUUAUAUAUUAUAUUAACUUUUGAGCGUUAUUGCAGUUAAAUAGAUUUAUUUGAAAAGGUAUUUUGGUAUUUUAUAAAGUAUACUAUACAUAUUUUGAGUGCACAUUUUGGACUCUGAGCGAAGAGAGGAAUAUAUUGCUAUAUAUAUGUAUAAUAUGUAUUGGUUUUUUUUAAUUUUUGUUUUAUAUAAUGUGAACAACUUUUCUACCAGAAAUCUUGCUCCGAUGUACAAAGUGUAACACCUUUUCUGAAAGGAAGUUUUAUCUAAUUAAUACUUAAAAAAAAUCAUUUUUUGAUUUUUUAAAUGGUUUUCAUAAUAAUUGGAAAAAACCCAGAAAAAACGUAGGGAUAAAUGGACAAAUAUUUACGUUAUAACGAUUGCAUGAUUUUACAUUUAUGUAUUUUAUAUUAUAUUUAUGUAUUUUUCUCCUAAAAACCUUAGUGCAAUCAAAAAAUGACAAGAGACCUUUUUUGUUGUAUUUUGGAUCUAGUUGCUCACUAGUAUUUUGAUUUUUCAAGUAGUUAUCAUAAUCGAAAAACCAAGAAAAGACGUAUAAUGAAAACUGAUAAAUUUACAGCAUUACGAUUUCAUUAUUUUUAAAGUUAGAUUAUGAGUUGUACGAGGAAUGCAUUGGUUUUACAAAGUUGUUUUUUUUCUACAAAUAACUUUUCUACCAGAAAUUUUUUUUCGAGUUUAGCACUUUUUCUGAAAGGAAAUUAACUGGAGUGGUAACUUUAGGCAGGUCAUUUUUUGAUUUUUCCAGGAAUUAUCACAAUAAAUGGUGAAACCGGGAAAAACAUAGGAAAUUUACGAAAUGUUAUGUUUUCAAAUCGUAAAUAUUACAACUUUCCAUAACGUGUAUAACCGCACUGGGGGGACAACUUCAAGGACGUAAUUUCUCCUCUACUUCUCCUUUACAUUCCCAACUUCUAACCUAUAACACUGGCCCACUCAUCGUGCCAAGUAUGUCCAUCAUAUUUUAUAUACAAUGGUUAUAUUUUUUUUGUAUCUACUUAUAUAUUAACAAUUUAUGUUUGGAUUUUGAGUGAAUUUUGCUCCUAUCAUCAAAAUCAGAAGUGAUUUCUGGUAAAAAAAUUUGAUCUAGUUGAUGCAUUAAGGAAAUUAUUUUUCGAUUUACCUUACACAUUUCUUAAUAAUGAAUAAGGGAAUCAAGGAACAUAGUAAAUAUCUACAUAAUAACGGGCUCUGUUAAUUUAAUUUAAUUUUUUUUUUUUGGUAAUUCAAUGAAAAAUAACCGUAGAGAUGAUCCGAUAUUUUCAUUGAAUACUCAUGUUACCAUUUUUUAGACGUAUAAUUUUUAAAUAUUCUGAAAUUUUUAAAAUUAUUUAUAGAUAUUUGAAAUUGACAAGUUUUUUUUUGUUUAUCGGUGUCUAUAAGUGGAUAUCAUUUUUAUUGACCAGUAAAAAUGUUCAAAAAUAUUAUAGGUACGUGACUAUUUAAUUAUUUUAAGCAAAAACCUCAUAUAGUAAUAUAAAUCUAAAUCCUUGGCUUUAGAGCUAUAAUUAAUUUAAUACAUGUUUUGGAUCUAUCAAUUAACUGCUCUCAACAGUGAAUUUUGAAAGGGUUUGUUUUUCAAACAUCAAAAUUCUCAUAUAAAUAUUAUUUAUGUUUCCACUUUUAAUAGCAACCUCUAAAAGAUCAUUUUUGACCCUUGGAAGAGAAAAAAAACUAUACAAUGUGUGAGUUAAUAUUAAACGAGUUAGCUCUCAUAGGCGUCGCCAGGAUAUUUUUCAGGGGGGGGGCUCAUAGUAUACGCUGAUUUCUAAAUAAUGCAUUAAUAAUAAUAAUUAUUAUUAUUAUUUAAGUAAAAUUUUUUCCAAAAGAACCGUAAAAUUGGUUCAAGUACGAGUACCAGUUUGAAUAUUAAUGAAAAUAAAACUAGUUUAAAAAACAGUCACGAGACAGGUUAUUUAAGUAGGUACUAUCGAUAUCAAUCAACAAAUGACAAACAAAAAGAAGUGCCAUAGUUCCUUCAUAAGUUGACUAUUAAUGUUAAUAAAUUAGAUAUUGGACUGUAUUUAAAUUCCUAUGUUGAUGAUGAACUAAAUUUUAAAUUAUUGAAAGAGCUUCGAGUUCUUCCUAAAAAAAAAUGACUUUAAAAAAGAUUUGAGCAACGGCUCUACGAGAGAAUUUCGUUUAGAAUGGUUUGCAACUUAUCCAUGGUUACAUUACUCACCUGUUUCCAAGGAUCCAAUUAUUUUUCAAUAUUUUUUUUUUUUUGAAAAACCAGGUGAGUGCAAUUGUUAGCUCUAUUAAAUAUUUAUACAGAUAAACAUGUAGAUAUAUUGAUUUAGUUUUCAAUCGGUUUGUUAGAAAGAAAAAAAGAAGAAUGCAAUCAGAGAAGUAGUCUAUCUACCUAACUGUUUAAAAUAUACAACUAUGUGCAUAUUUAGAAAUUAUAUAUUUAAUAUUUUGUCUUAUAUAGUAUUGUUUAAUAAUAUAUACCAUAUACGUCUUAUAUAAAUAAAAAAUAAUGUACAAAAAAGUAUCAGCAAUCAGGCUUAUACCGUUCUACAAAUUAUAACCAAAAUACAUACACAUUGAACAACUGAUUUUACUGACUGUUUAAGGCUCAAAUUAUUAAUUCGUUUUUACCCCGGAUUUAUACUUAAUAGUCAAUUAAGAAACAUUAUUAGGAAAAUAGCAACCACAUAAAAAUUAAUUCUAGAUCCAUCACUGGUAUGAAUCAUUUAGGUAAUCUUUGUCAAAAUAGUUUCUUUUUGUAUAACUAACAUAAUAGAAACAACAUAAAAAAAAAAAAAACAAGGGCGGGAGAUUAGGCACCUAGAUCCCUCAACGAUUUGCCCGAUGUAGUAUGUUAAGUAGUAUGUUUAUACGUACCACGUCAUUAAAAUGUAAAAUUGUGUGGAUUUAUACCUACUGUUGGUCGAAUAAGGUUAGUACACAGUAUAAUAUUUUAUUCGGUCAGUGAUAAUCGUUAUUUCACAUUCACAGACGUCUAUGGAUUUAAAUUUAGCAGCAGACACGGUUGAGUCUGACUUACGGUGCGCAUCCGUCUUGCCACCGCGCCAUAUAUACCGAAAUCGGCAAACCUUUAUCCCUAUUCCCUAUAACAUACUUUCAAAUUUUAAUAUAACUAUAUUAGGUAAGAAAAAAUAAAGCCAUUUAUUUCGCAAAAGUAAUUUAUUUACUUAACAUAAAUGUGAUUUGUAAUUUGUUCAGAAACAAUCGGCCAAUGUGGGUGGGCUAAGUAAAUUUGGCCCCAACAACCUAUUUUUAACUUAACGGCCGAAGGGAUUAUUUACGAAUUCGGGGAUUUAAUUUACAAUUAUUUACAAUGGGUUUACAAUUGUUUACUGAAAUUUGUUCUUAAGCAAUCGGCCAAAGUGGGGAGCCAACUUCACGUACGUAUUCACAUAAUAUAUAAUAUUAUUCUCUAAAAAUGCCGGUAUUAUUUUAGAUUCUGAAUGUAGUGAGGAAUACAUUGGUUUGUUUUACCAUUGAUUUUAUAAUAAAUGGUUUUACUAGUUGCAUGCUUAUAAUUUUUUUCGUCUGUAAAUAAAUUUUCUAUAAGAAAACCAUAAGAAAUUUUUUUUAUUGAAUCUUGGAUUUAGUUAGUGCAGUGAUGAAGUAUAUUUUUAUUUUCCAAGUAAUUUUCAUAAUAACUGAAAAACCAGAAAAAUAUGUAAAAGAAAAAUGAAUAUUUUCAGCAUUAAUGAUUUCAUUAUUUUAAAUUUGUUCGAUUUUAUUUUUCUACCAGAAAUCUUGUACAAAAAUCCAAAUGCAACAUCUUUUCAUUUUACAUUUUUGAGUUUCAUAAGUUUUUAUUUGGUGUAAAAUGGAUAAAACCGUUUAUCCGAACAGUAGUGCUUAAACAUUUUACAUGAGAUUCAUUAUAAGUUAAACUUAGUGGUUAAAAAACAAUUUAAACCUAAAGUAGUAGUUUUUCGAUUGAAGAACGGCCUACUGCCUCGAUAUUGGCCGCUUUCAAUUUAAAACGUAUACCUACAUUUUUGACAUGUUAUACUUAUUUUAAGUUAACAACUUUUUGUAUUCUUUCAAAAAUAAAAAGAAUAUACACAACGCCUCCGGUUUUAGUUAUUUAUUUUGCGUCCCGUACAAAAUAAAUACGAAACGAUCGACGUCCCCGUCACGAUACGUAUUCAAAGGUCAAGAAUCCGUGCGUGCCGACGAUUGAUGGAACGAUUUUUAAUUGUCUUGUGUGCACUGAGCGUUUGCCAAACGCGCAACCGUUUAACCUGGUCUGUCGGGUUUUUUUAUUGGCAUCCGAAACACUACCACCGCCACCGCGAAAUUGACGCAUUAUUAUGAUACUGCGUAUUACAUAUUACAUUGAAUCGUCAUCGGGAGACUUUUCUGCCGGACCCGGCUGGAAUCAGUUGCAGCCAGCAGAAGAGUGUAAACUCAAGAAUAGGUCUCCUAUAUUUACACGAUGUGCAUAUUUAUCCACUGCUUGUCCAUUCGUCCUAUUAUUAAAAGCUUCAUGAGCAGAUUUACCGAACUUUCAUUUUAACUUUUAGACUACCCCCAGUUAUCUCCCCUAUCAGUGUGAGUAUUAACUAUAUCUAUAUUAACUAAAUAUAUAAUAAUAUUAUAUACUUUAAUAUAAUCGAAAAAUGACCUCCCUAAAGUACCUUCCCAGUCAGAUUUCCUUUCAGAAAAAGUACUAUCAUUUUAAAUCAGAGCAAAAUUGCUGGUAGAAAAGUUGUAGAUAAAAAAAAAAAGUUUAAGGUAAAAAGGUGCCUGCAUUAAAUUAUACACAAUAUUUAAAACUAGUUAGUUUGCUAAAAGAUAUCACAAUAACUAGUAUCGUGUGAAAAGGGCUUAAAUAAAAUUAAAAAUGGAUACGUUUUGCUAAAAUAAAGAUAGAAAUAUAUUUUUUCCAAAAGUUGUAGAUUAUUUAAAUAUGUACUUAGGAACUUGAAAAUUAGUAGUAAAAAAUUAUCUAGUAUUAAUAUAUUAGCUAGGGGAUGUUUAGAACAUAUUACAAAAAAAAAAAAUUUUAAAUCAAUAUAUUCGACGCUGAAACAUUUUCCGCGUAAAUUGACUAUUUAUUUUUAGGCCAUUGUGCAUAGCUUGCGCGGGAUAAAGCGGAACAGGAAGCACAAAUAGCAACUAUUACAUGGUAAUAGGGCUGAACUACAGUAAUUGCAGGAAUGUUCCUCUAAAAGAAUUUACUCCCUUCAUUUGUGUUAUUAUUAUUACAAUGUUUGUUCCUAUUAGUGUUUAUUUAAUUAUGUUUUAUAAUAAUAAUUAUUAUUAAUAUUAUAUUGCAUGCAGUAUGGCACAUUAUACGGUGUACAUCUUAAUAUAAUAUAAUUGUGCGUUUAAUAUAGUUAUUGUUUAAAAAUAGAUAUCUCAACCGAUUCGUGUAGACAAAACAAUUAAUGUAAUAACGUAACUCUAUGAUGCGUUAAAAUGUUUUUCUCUCGGAAUAAUUGAUACGUAUGGUAUAUUAUAUAUGUAUAUAUAUAAAAAAAACAACAAAUAAACCAACAAACGGACGAACCGAAAACUUUCGAAAAGGUAUUCAAACGAACGGCUCGUCGCGGUGGCAGCAGAGACAGACACACAAGGAAAUACAUACAAUAAUUUAAAAACGUCGUCUUGCUCCCCACACAGCAGCCCGGGUGUGUUGUUAAAAUGCGUCUGAUUUAUGUUUUUCUUAAUGUUAUUUAUUAGGUCGGUUAACUAAUAUAUGGUUAAUAGACCAAAGCACUAACGUCGUCGUUUGUGUCGUUGGACAUGUUCCAUUGCAUUAGUCUCCCGUAAAUUUAAACUUCUCGGGCGAUCGUCUCAGGACUGUAGUGUGUAGGUAUUAUUAUAAUAUGAUUAAAUUAAUUUUUGUAUCGUAUAAUCAAUUAAAACGAAACACCGUGUAUACGUGUGGUGGCAUAAUUGAUAUUAAAAACCCUGUUAAAAAUAAUAACCGUAACUAAUAAAACUGCAGAAGUGUAGAGUAUAUUAUGACAUUAUGUAGAUUGAAGAUUUCCCCUCAAAGAUUUUGAGGGAAAAUAAAAUGCUUUAAAAUAUUAUUUUAAUUAAUGUUAACGAUCAAUUAAUAACAAUAAUAAUAAUAUGAUCAUCAUAAUUUGUGUGUAUAUGGUUUGUUAAACUAUUAAAAAUUAUCGUUCAAAAUUGAAUUAGAUAUGAUGCGUGGCUACAAGAAAACAGAUGUUUUAAAUUAAAUCUAUAAAAAAAACAACGCUGCUGUAUAACGAGUUGUUAAAAAUGUGAUCAAAUAUUUUACGCGCUAUUAUUAAUUAAAAUUGCUGCUUAUUAAUUAUUAUUGACACGAACUAAUUCAGUAUUGCAAUAGUUUUUUAUUUUUUGGGACCCAUGAAAAGGAUAAUUGAAUAAUAAUUGUUAAUCGUCCUUAUGAUUCUUGUUGGUCUUGUUUUACGUAUCCCAUUGCAAAAUCUAUUUUUAAAAAAAUUGUUUUAAUGAGUGGCAUCACGAACUCCUACUUUUAUAAAUGUUCAACCACCGCUGAUCACUAUAGGUACUUAUAUAAAAAAAAUUAAGUUAAAAUUUGUAACUGAUAUUAUUAAUAGACGGAACUGAAACCGAUAUUUUACGGUUACAUAGUUUCAGAACCUAUGGUUCGUUUGUUGUAUAAAUAGUACGAUACAAUAAUUAAAUUAUAAUAAUAAAUAUAUUAUACCGUAAAAUUAAAAUUUUUUAUUAAGUUCAAACUUUCCAAGCACCAGGGUUUAUUCUAAGGAUUUUUAUGUAUUGCUCGAAAUACACUCAAAAAUUUGUUUUAAUGAACUUUAUGUGGACUUUAAUACUUGACCCCUCCCCUAACAAAAAAAAUUGUAUGAAGAAAAUGAAAUUCAAAAAAAAUACAGCAGAGAAAUAACGAAUAAAUUGCAGAAAAACGUAUUACAAUCGCGGCGUAUGAAUCGCGUGGUAUGUACGCUGAUAAGCAAAAUGCAUUUAAAAUAUAUUGGGGAACAUUUUUUUAUUUUAGCUACCGGACGUUUAAAAAUUAAACAUACAUGAUUCAGGUUUAAGGUAGAUUUAUAAAUUACACAAAUACUGUAUAAGAAUUCAAUCACUCUCAACGAUAAGGAAAAUUAUAUUUUUUUGUAAAGUGCUUACAUUCAUGAAGCUAACUGCACUUUUGAUAUUUCCUAUUACCCAAUUUGGGUCCUACUGUCUAUUAGGAUAAGGCCUGCCAAGUACUAUGGAGUUAUUUUUUAUACCUAUUGGAAUAACAUGACCGCUUUCAGCAAUUUGCAACUCUGAAACAGCUUGAUAAAUAAAGACCGUAACUUUUAGCAAAGCAAGAAUACAAAAUUAAUUUACCAUUAUAUUUUAACAAUAUUAUUGAAUAUUGUAUUAAAUAAAUACACGGACAUACCUAUGUAUAACAGUAAAAUUUAAAAAAAUGAGGGUAUUUAAUUUCUUCUUAAUUUUGGCCCCUAUAAUAUCAUUUCAUCUCAACCUUAUAAUUUAUCGGUAUUUACUAUACCUGACGCUUUCAAAUCUUCUAAAACAAUUAUAUCAAUUCAUUUUUUUUUGCGCCUUCCACGAGGCCUUUUCCCUUGAGACAUCUCUUCGGAAGUGGUAUUCUCAGUGAUUCAUUUUCUUUACGACUUAUAUUGUAUAGUUAAUUAGCGUAGGCGUAAAUAAGGUUUGGGGGCUAAAAACUCAAUAAGCUCUCCCAAAUCAAGUAUAUAAUAAUUAAUAUUAUGGAAUAUUAAUUUUACACCUUAAAAAAAAAAAUUGGGCUGCAUACACUUGUUAUAAUUUUGUAUAUUUUAUAUAUUAUUAUUAAUUUAAAUUUAAAAUAAUCAUUUUAGGUGUAUCUAAUCUUUUUUUUUUAUCUGUCGUUUUUAUAUUAGGUGUAUAAUAGACAUACACCUACUGGUAAUUUUACAUAUAAUACUAUAAUUAUAAUACAAACGACACGCUCAUCAGACUUUUAUUUACGUUUGACCAGAACGGUAAAACACUUUCAUUUUACGGUUCGUCAACGACUUAUACGCUCUAAUGAAAACAUUUAACAUAAUUAACGAGCCUUAUCUUAAUCGUAUUUAAUAUUUAAAUAAUUUAGAAUUAUGUGGUUUUAGCCUAUAAGCCCAUAAGCCUAAAGGUUAUAACCACAUCAUUAUAACAUAUGUAGUUAUAGGCUAUAACUGUGAUACCAUGUACCAUAAUUUAAUCAAACAGUUUAUCAAUAUAAAUAUUAAUUCGUCAUUUUCGAUUCUGAACGCGUAGAGAGGAAUUUAUUGGUUUUACCAUGAUGUAAACAACUUUUCUACCAAACAUCAAAAAACGUCUAGAGAACUUUUUAUAACAUUUUGAAUAUAGUCAGUGUAUUAGGUAGAUCAUAUUUUGAUUUAUCAACUAGUUGUUCUAAUAAUUUGGAAAAACCCGAAAAACGUACAGGAAAAACGGGAAAAUUUAUGGUAAUAAUGGCUUCAUUUUUUUUUUUUUUUUUAUUAUUAGGUUAUUAUUAACAUUUUCACAAAAUGAUAACAAUUGCCUUUCCUGGGUCGGUAACAUAGGCGCAAUUUCAGUUUUUAACUUGGAGGGGCUCAAUAUUUUUAAAUGAAACAGAUCCACAUCUGCCCCCACACCCCCCCAUUCAAAUACCAAAAUCAUAGUUAUCUCACCAAUUUUCCUGCAUUUUUAUUACUUUUAAAAUUGAAAAUUUGAAACACUUUAUUUUUAUCCAUUAUAACUAAGGGUUUUUAAUAAUAGCAGAACGACACUUCGAAAUAAGUAUAUUACAAAAACGAAAUAUAAGUAUUGAACAUAUAAAUUUUCAACUCGUAAACCGAUGCACCGAUCAGCAAUAGCGUUAUGACUAGUUAUUAGUUUAAUCUUAGAUAUUAAGACCUAAUAAGUGGGAUUUAUUGUGAACAUCAGAACCAAUUCUAAAAAUACACCAUGUACUAUCAGUUUAUUGACUAUUGAACACCGUCUCCCGGAAGGGUGGGGUAUACGGUACCUACGCAUAUUGCAUAUCGCAUACGGGCAUACGUAAAAUAGAAAUGAAAAACAAGCCGACCCGCAGUGUACCCCGCCACUCAUGNAUAUGGGUAAUACCCACAAAGCCACAAAGGACCAACACCCAAGGUUUAUAGAUAAUAAUAAUCUAUAAACCUUGCUAACACCAUACAUAUAUUUUAUAUUGUAUAUAUUUUCUAUGACUAACACUAUGUCGUUGCACGGGCUCGUUUCCAUUAUUUUCAUGUUUAAAUUUUAGAAACUAUUUUUUUCAAACAACGUUUAACAUAUUAUGUAGAUUAGAUAAUUAAUGAAGCAUUUAAUACUUAAAUUUAAAUAGAAAUUUUUGGAAGGGCUAAUUUUAAUAUUGGAGGGGCUAAGCCCCUCCAAGUCCCCCCCCCAAAUUGCGCCUAUGGUCGAUAACAUUUUUAAAACAUUCUGGACAUUUUUUUAAAUUAUUUAUAAGAAUUUGAUAUUUUCGAAUUUUUUAGUUUUUAUUUGGUUUUAUAUGUAUAACAUUAGUUUAAGCGAGUAAAAAUAUUUGACAAUUUAACACGAAGUUUAUGUAGUAGUUUUAUUUUUAGACGUAUUAAGAUCAAAUUUCGAAGAAAAUUUUAAAAAUUACGGCAUUUUAAAACAUGUACAAUUUAACAUCGUUCAUAAUCGUAUUUCGUCAGCAAUAAUUUAUCGUUACGUAUACAAACAUAAAAUAAAUAACUUAUGUAUCCUAUCUUCCUAGUUUCCUAUUUACAAUAAUGGCGCACACAUCAGCAGCAUCAGCUCUUUGUUUUUCAAAUAAUAUGUCAAAAUCUUGAACGACAAAAUAUUUAUAAGGGAUAACUAUAGACCACCACGUUUUGUUUUUGUUCAAAAUUUUGUCAGAAUUAUUUAUUUGAGUUUUUGCCAUUUAAGGUUUUUCUUUUCGAGAUUCCGAUGGCCACCUUUCAAAAAUACCUAUUUAAUAUUUUAUCUAUGUGUAAAAAAUGUACACAUCCGAAAUAGGGUAAUAAUUGAUAUUAUGUAAAAAAAAAUUCAAUAUGUGUCAUUGCCAGUGUGAUAAAACCUAAUUGUGUAUUUAUAAAUGAUUUAUCUAUAUUAUACUGUUUCAUUUUUAUAGAAACUAAUACAGAGGUCGACAAUCAACGGAAAGGUAAACCGAGAAGAAAUCGCACAACAUUCUCUAGUUGUCAGUUGAGAGCACUAGAAAAGGUGUUCGAGAGGACGCAUUAUCCAGACGCGUUUGUUAGAGAAGAACUGGCGAAAAGAGUUAGUCUGUCUGAGGCUAGAGUUCAAGUAAGAACACCAAUAAUAAUAAUACGUGCUUAAUUUUUCGUUUUUGUUAUUGAAUUUUGAAUAUUAAUGUAACGCGAAUCGAGCUACCUACCGGAAAAGGUUGUCAACUAUAUAAUAUAGUAAAUAAUAUUCCAGUAUAAGUGGAGAACUUUUAAAAUGUUACUUUGGUUUUGGUGCAUCUAUGAGAAAGGCACAAAACCAAUAAUACAAUAAAUUGCCUAGUUAAGUUUAAAAACAAAAUUAAUUUGUUAACUAUAUUAUGGCCAAUGACCAUCUUCUUUAUCUUAAACUAUUCAUGGUCCUUCGUCGCUUCAACUAUUUCUCUUAAUCAUUUUUUCUAUUUAUCACUUAGUAUAAAUGUUCACUAUCCAAUGUGGUAUUUAUCUUGAUUAGAUAUUUUCUCACGGAGUAAAUACAUUUCUGAUCUUCCUGACGGUCUUAUUGACAUUCAGCUUUCCUACCAUUACCUUUCCUAUCAAUCUCUCUUCCACACACCAAGCACGUCCAACAUAUUCCGAUCGAUAUUAUAAAUUACGUAUACUUGGAUUAUUGAAGUAUGAUUUUUCUUUUCAAACAUUACCAGAAAUUUUCUGGUUUCCAUCCUUUUUAAAACAAAAGUCAAUAAAAUAAAUUCAAUUUAGCAUGUAUUUCUAUUUCCAAUCUUAGCUUAUCAGAUAUCACAUGUUAAUAUUGUUAUCAUCCGGUAAUUUAUUUUAAAAAAAAAAUGUACUUACUUUCAUAUGACAACCAAACUAAAUAAUAAUAAAUCAAUAACUUUUUUUUCAUACGAGUCACCAAGGUAAUCCAUUAACCAAAACAAAAAAUAAAUACAUUUCUGAACCAAAAAUUUCAGGUAGCCAUCCCUCUAGAGAUUUAAUUUUAAGAUACAAAGUAUACAUUAAUGAUUUUCUCGUUUAGAAUGCCAAGUAUACAAAGUUUCAUCAAGAUCGAAACAUAAGUAUACAUAUAUAUUAUAUAUACGUACAUACAGUGAUUUAUUCCUAAAAAAAUGCAUGAGUACAGGCUUAAAUCAUUGAGUAAAUAUAACGUGAAGGGCUCUGCCCUCUCCCCGCUAUUUUGUCUACUUUUCUACAGACAAUGCUUUUUAGACUUUUUUUAACUGUUAUAGACUCAUUUACAUUACCUAAAUAAUAAUUGAUACUUAUUGAAACUUAUAAACUAUCAAUAAUAGAAAAACGUACUAAUACCUAAAAAAAACUGUAUACAUUAUACAUAAAAUAUAAAUCAACAGAUAACUAAUUUAUAUAAUUUUGAAAAGAAAAUACAUUUUUAAAAACUUAAGGGCAACAACGAUUAACUGCAGUGAUAGUGACGGGGAUUAAAACAGGGAAUUCAGAGGAAAAUCUUUUUAUUUAGUGCAUAUUUGAAUGACUUUUUUUGUACAAACAUAAUAUUUUUAUUUUUAUUUCUAAACACCUGGGUGUUCACGACCCACCCACCCAUAUUACGUUGUGAAUCCCGUGAUUCAAAUCGCACGCAGACGGCAAUGUUAGGCUUGUUUUUUUUUUUAUGUCAUUGGGCAUCAAAAUAAUAUACAAAAUUAAAUAAAUAUUAACUUAACACCGUUAAUCUAAAUUUAUAAAAUAACAUAUCCUGACAUAUCCAAAAUUUUAAUUGGUCAAUAUACGGUCAAUAUUUUAUGUAUCAUCCGGGCAUUGUAGAAAACAUAUAAAUUGUGAACUUUUCCCGUAGUCAUUAUGAAAUCGAAGAGUUUUAUAAAAAUUUUUGGUUUUUACUUAUCUUCUGUAUGUAUAAAAUAACAUGUCCUGACUGACUGAUUCAAUCAUCGCCUAGCCCAAACCACUGGACAGAUCUGGUUGAAAUCUGGCACCCAGAUAGUUAUUAUGACGUAGGCAUCUACUAAGAAAGGGUUUUUGAAAAUUCAACUCCUAAGAGGGUAAAGUAGGGUUUUUUAGGUAUAUCUGGUACGAAUAUCUAAUUGCUUAUAUAUUUAUUUUUGUUUAUUCAAGAGUUGCCACGGAAAAGAAAAAUAUUAUAGUUAUUAUUAUUAUUACUGUUAUUUACGCUAUUCAAAUUUCACAAUAGAUCACGUUUAGUCACUUUCCAUCUAUUUGUUUUCAUUCAAUUCUGACGCGGCCAAAACCAAAAACGAAUACGGGUAAAAUAAUAAUAAUAAAAAUUGGCACGGGUAACGCGGAUCGCGGGACAGCUAGUAUGUUAUAUACGAGAUGGUAUACCCUCCGCUACAUCACUGUACACACAUAUAUGCAUACAUAAAUGCACACAGACAGUAUUUCGAAUGACAAAUUUCAAUUACGAUAAACACACGAUGUUAAAUCGAUUGCGCGCAUCAUAAAUUGCCCUGCGCAUUUUUGAAUUUUGAAUAACUCACGCGGCAGCGAUGCAGUGAUUGUCAAUAACAAUACAUGAACGGUGCCAGGAACGCCAGGUGUACGCGUGCAUGUUCUAGUGGCGCCAGUCGCAUAGAAAAAGUCGGGAGAUUCCAACUUCACGCCAGUAAACACUGGCGAUACGGUUUACUGGCGCGUACCACCAUGCGCGUGUAAACCUAGCUCUACAGUCGAAAACAGGCGGAGUCGCGGAGGUAUCGGCGCGCUGAAAUUUCACCGGCCUACAACAUUAUACACAUAGAAAACGGAUAAAAUUGACGUAAACCCUGUACGAUAUACGAAAAACGUCGAUUAUAAUUUUACGCGGCCCACGGCGCCGAUAAGAUUUCCUCGGUAGCUCGCCGGUUCAACGCGGACCCGAAAAUAGGCCCCGGCGCGGGGUGUAUGUUCUAUUCGCGGAUUCGGAUGCGAGCACUUGUUGCUCGCUUGUGACGCCCGCGACGGCGGACUUUUAUAAUUCGCCUGGGGACACGGCGGCGUUAAUUAAUGAAGACGCGACCGUCGUCGUCGCAGCCACCGCCGCCGCAUAGAGACCAGCACUCGGCAUCCGAGGCGCACGUGGCGGACGUGGUUUUUCACACACAAACACACACAAUAAUGUAUACGCCUGCGCACCGAGACUUCACGUGUUGACAUGUGUCUCUAAUUUGGCCGAUCGGCGGCGCCUGUUUAACAAGUAUAAUACUGCGAUAUAUAAAUACGAGUGUGUAUGUGUGCGUGUGUGUAUAGGCGAACGAACACAUACGGAUGAGCGGUAAAUCAAAGGAAGUCGUGUGUCUGUGAAGAGGAGGACUGAGCUGUCAGUGUAUAAAGGUACAGCCGGGAACGAGCGCGCGCGCGAUGGAAUUCGCGGACCACUGAUUUCGUGAUGAGCUCGGAUAGAAGGUUCGGCGACGGCUAUAGUCCGACGACGUGUAUAUAAUAUACGUGUGUGACAACGAAAAAAAAAAUAAACGCAGUUUUACUCUCUCAGUAAGAUCAAACUCUCUCAUACACACACACACACACACACACAUACACGUGUGUACGAGUCCGAGUCAAUUAACGUUCGAAAGACAUCGCGGACGCGCGUGUAUGUGGAAAAAAAAUAUUAACCGCGUCCGAACGCUAUGACGACGACAGCAACGGCGGUCCCGAAAAACGUCAUGACGUAUUAUUAUAAUAUGCACCUCCCCGAAACCUGCGGUUUUACGAUGGAUAUUUUAUAUUUUUAUAUUAAUAUAUUACUCGGUCUUUUCUUCUUUCCCGUUGGCUUUUCGUCAAAAUCGCUAUAACCUCGAUCGUCAUACGCGUGAACGCUCGUAACGGGUACACCGGAAUGUGUAUUAUAAUAUUAUCUAUAUAGGUAUUCGUAGUUAAUACUGUACGUGUAUGAACAUUAUAACAUAAUAAUUUUAAAAAAAAAAUGCUGUACAUAAUAUUUAUAUCGUAAGCCCAAUCCAAUAUUGCAGUAUACCAUCGUCCUGAUAAAUUCUAUUUUUUCAUCGUGUACCACAACAUUCGAUAAAAUGUUCUGGAUAUAACAGUUCCUCCCCCUCUGAAAAACUGUAUAUGUCGGGAUGGAAUUAUGUGCUUAUGGAAUUAGUCAUGCAAAUUCGUGUUAAAUAUUGGCAUAAAUAUUUUUAUAAAAUAUUUAUGUCAAUUUCUUAUAAGAUUUCCAAUCUGUGGGGAGGCUAUCAAGUACUAUGUAGAUAAAUACUUACAGGUUUUUCACGAGAAAGCCUUAGAUGUUCCUUGUCCAUAUAGAUCUCCUAAAUUAACCAUUUAAAUGAUUCAUUAUAAUUCUAAAUCUCAAAUAUAACACUUUAAACAGACCACCAUUGGCAUAGUACUGACAUCGAAUUUGGCCCCUAUUUUUUAACAAUACGCUAGGCCCGUGUAUGAAAAUGGAGGUUCAAAACUAGACUGAGGCAUUUGCCAACUUGAGAGUUGAGAAUAUGGUUUAAAAAAUAUAAGGAGUUAGGCACUAAUAAGGUUCUAUUAGACUUAAUAACAUAUUUUGUCCUAGUGGUUUUCUGAGGAAAAAAACCCACAUAUUUAUAAAACAAAUAGCUCCAUCGUUAUGGUCAGGAUCUGAAAUAGAUAAUAUAUAUAUAUUUUAUUUUAUUUUUUUUUUUUGCAUCAAUGUGGUUUUUUUCACAUUUUUUCACUUGUAUCUGAUUAGGUUUGGUUUCAAAACCGGCGGGCAAAAUUCAGACGAAACGAGAGGAGUAGUUUAUCGAGAACCAUCAGCCCCGCAGCGUCAGUUGGCUCUGACCGAUCUCCGAACAUCGAACAACCUCUAUUGCCGAGGUCCAAUACCAACAGUCUACUCGUUCAUUCAGAACAGCCGUUCACCACCUCUGGUGAGUACUUUUACAACGAGAACUAGUAGCAAACCCAGAACAAUAUUGUGGAUGGGUAUUUUGAAAUUCAUAUAUAUGUGCCAUGCAAAUCAAGAUAAGAAUACUUUGGGGCUUUGCCAAGAGCAACCCUUCAUGAUCAAAGGGAUACAAAAAUUUUGAUAUACAUGUCUAUGUUGUCAGUAAACCUAAAAAAAAAAAAGAGCUGAUUACUGGGGACGGGUGCGGCCACUGUUAUAGGUGGGUAGUGAGUAGACUACUGGUAGAAUACAUAAAGUUAUUUAAUUUAUACCUCUAAACAACAAAAAACCAUUGAUAAUGAAAAAAGAUUCGGACUGAAGUUCGGUUAUACAUGUUUUGAAAGGCCGUAUUUAAGAUUUUCGUCAAAAUUUGAUAUUAAAAUUCCUUUAUAAAAAAAAUACUACAAAAAUGGACCAAUUGUUUUGAAAAUUUUACUACGUCUAGAAUUCUAGAAAAAUCAAAUACAAGUUUUAUAUCAAAAUUUUAAGUCUUUAUGAACACAUUAAAAAACUUAAAAACAAAAUUGAAAAUAAUAAAAGAAUUAUGCUUGUACAUUUUCUCGUUUUUCAACGUAUGUUUCGGUUUUACUCAAUUAUUAAUAAAACUACAUAGAAAAUUAAAAAAACAACUUUCUUUUUCAAUAAAUAUAUUAUAAAUUCAACGAAAAAAUAUCUCUUGAUGUUUUUUAACUGGAGCAAUUUUUAUGGUAGAAAACAUAAGCCGUAAAAAUUUAAAAUAAUGAAAUCGUUGCGACGUAAUUUGUAAAACAUCGUAUAUUUCGUCUUAUUUAGUUUUUCCCUAUUAUUAUACAAAUACUUUAGAUAUAAAAAACGAAUAUGUGUUAAAAGAAACAAAAUCGAUCUCUUGUAAUUUUUGGAUUAGAGCAAUAUUUCUGGUAGAAAACAUCAUGUUAACAAAAUAAAAACAAUGAAAACAAUAACACCGAGGCGCGCCAUAAAUAUUUGCCGUUUUACCUAUAAUUAUCUUUCGGGUUUUUGUUGGAUAUCGAAAAAUCACCUCCCCAAUGCAACAACUAGAGAAAAUUACCAUUCAGAAAAGGUGCUACGGUUUAUACUUCAAAACAAGUUUACCGGUAGAAAAGUUGUUCACGAACAGAAAAAAAAAAUUUUAAAAAAAACAUAUAUUAUAGUAAAACCAAUAGAUCUCUUGCUAUGCUCCGAAUUUAAAACGUGCAAAAUCAUAAUCAUGCUAACUCUAAUAUUAUAAUUUAUAUAACAUUAUAUAUUUUUAUAUCUAAUUAUAGUAUAUUAUAUCGAUUUUACAGGUUCAGGUUUCGGCGGUCUGUUAGACUAUUCAGCGUGGAAAUCAAACGGAAUGCCUCCAUGUGGAAUGUUCCAGCACACAUCCGGUUAUCCGGCUUUUUUGCCAGUCUCCGCCGGUAAUAUAUACAAAUAUAAUAUCAUAUUUACUAAUCCGAUAAAAUAUGAUUUAUCAAGCUAUGUAACUAUAUAGUACAUAUUACAAUAUGUACAAUAGCUCUCACAUGAAUCAAUAUAAACUAAUUUCAUUUAAUGGUUAGGUAUUUAAUUGAUUUGAUUUGUUCACAACUGUUGAUAGUAAUAUCCGAAUAAUUAUCAGAUUGACAAUCAAGGUUGUAGAGAAAAAUCAAAGGACCCAGGGACAAAUAAUUAACCUACCACUAAAACUAAGCAUCGUUUUAUAAAAUGUAUAUAGGUAGUAAUAAAAAGAAAGUUUAAGAUUGAGAUAUAAGGGAUUUAACAGAAAAAAAGACAGACAUUUGUGCGCAACGUGUAGUAUAUAUGAAUUUAUAUUUAUGAGAUUAAAAAGUAUCUAUUGGCUAUUACGGUUUUCACCAUUAUCAAUAUUAUUUAUACUUAUCUUACCUAACCUAACCUAAUGAAGAUCUCCGAAAUUUGUGAUACAAUUAUAGAAUUGUUUUAAUUUAAUUAAAAAUGAUAUACCCAGGAUUAAAAAUGCUAUUGAACUUUAAGGAUGGCAUGAAUCGUUUAAAUCCAUGCUAAACGUUGUACAUCCAUAAAUUUUGAAAUUUAUCAACGCUCUAAAAAAAGAUAAAAAAUUAUUUUAUAAAGUAAAAUAUUAUGAAAUUAAUAAAAAUAAUUUUUAUAUUAAUGUACAAAUUAGGUAAAAUAUAAGACCUGGAUCAUUUAGUCGAGCCUGGGCCUUAGAGCUACAACCUUGGCUGCCCCCUUUCCCGUCGUGCCUGGGGAUAGUUAAAAUAAUAUUCGAAUAGUCUCGUCCAUAGUCAACAAUUAGGCAUGUCUACCAAAAAGGAUACAGAGCUCAAUUUUGGGAAGGGCAAACGUGCAAAUAUAAUACUAAAAAUAGUAAAUUAAAAUAUCUUGUGAACCAAAACAUCAUACUCCUCUACAGUGUCUGGGGAGGGCAUAUGACCCCGUUUUCUCCCUCCCAAGAUCCUCCGCUGAAUGUCUACCUAUUGUUUAAACAGUCAUUGUAAUUCAUAAUUCGAUUAAAUUAUUCCAGUUUUUAUUAAUUUAUUCUCAAAUCAUUAAUAUUUAAAAUUUUAAAACAUUUUAAAUUGUAUUUAAUAGUAAAAAAAAAAAGUUCAGUGCAAUGUAGUAGUUUAUUUUAUUAGCGUUUUGAGAUUUGUGACAAAUAUCGUAAAUAUUACAGAAUUUAUUUUCAAAAUAUGUAUAACUAAAUUUCACUCAAAAUCGCAUUCGUUAGCAAUGGUUAAUCGUUGUUUACAGAUACAAUUAAUUAAAUAACUUUACACGUCUUUCCUUCCCACCUAUAACAGUGGCACACCCAUUAAUAGUAUGAGCUCCUUUAUUAAUUUUAUUAACCCAUCCAAAUUUGGGGUAACCUAAUAACUAAUAAUUAAUUAAUAUAAUUCUCAAACAUUAAAAACAAUAACUAGGUAUAACAAUACGAGGGCUAAUCAAAAAGUAUCAAGACUGGUAGUAUCAUUCGGAAAAGGAGCAUCGAAAAGCAGUAGGAUUGGUAUCACUUGCUUCUAUGACUUUUUCUGAGUACAUUUGUUUUUAUUACUUCUCUAUAAAAUUCUUCGGUUUGAUUUCACCGAUAUUUUUGUAAAAUAUAUUUUUAGAGUUAGCCCUCGUAUAUUUUAAUUUUUAACGAACAAUGUUAUGUUGUCCUGCAGGUGGUCCACCCCACGGUAGUUCUUCAAUGCCAUCCAUGUCGGUAUCAAAUUGCCUGGUACCGAACCAUCACCCUGGUUACAUGGUCUCAACCAAUUUGGCAAGCAUGAGGAUUCGCCCCCAAGAAUAUUAUAUGGACCCUCCACAUAUGUAGAGGCGGUGGAGAUGCUGAACUGCUGACGNUUUUUUUUUUUUUUUUUUUUUUUUUGCAAAGUAUUCGAUUUUAAUUUACUAUUACUCAAUGGUCUAAUACAGGGGUCUUCAACCUUUUUAUGCGGCGGGGCAUAUUAUAUUAUUUUCUAUAUAUCUUGCAGGUAGCAUUCGUAGUACCUAAAUAAGUGUAUUUUAUACAAAAAUUAAAUUUUAUUAUUAUUAAAACAUAUAUAGAUUAACAUAUUUCAAUUUUGAAUUACCAAUUAUUAUUUAUUUUAUAUUUAAUGUAUUUAAUGUGAUAACUAAUAAUUGACAUUAUUUUUCAUUAAUUUGUGUAUAUUUGGUUAGAUCUGAGAUGCUGCAAUUAUCAGCAAGUUUUCUAAGUAUAUGUCAGUUAACCGGGCUCUAAUUUUCGAUAUCACAAUUUUCAUACGUGAAAAUAUAUGCUCACAAGUGUAAGUACUACCAAAAAGAGUAGAGAAAUUUAAUUUAUUUUAUCGUAUAUUUUCCAAUUCUUUCAAUAGCGAUGGCUUAUGGUCGUUCUAAUUUUAUCGAAAUAGAAAAGAUAUGCUAUAUUUCAAAUGUGAUCGCAGGCUGCAAAUAAUGACUAGGGGGGUCAUGGGUUGAAGACUCCUGGUCUAAUAUAAUAGGUAGGUAUUCAAAUAGGAACAAUGGUUUUUUAUCAAGACUGGCAGAGAUCACUACAUUUGAAAAUUGUAUUUUUUUACUAUUAUUAUACUACAUAUUAUUGUGUCAAUCUAUUUCUUUUUAAUUAAAAAAAAAUAAAAAUAGAC